GGUCACAUUUCAUAUUGUAAUAUUUGGGGACUAUUACAAUACAAGUUGUGGAAUAUCAAAACAUAUGAUGAUGAAGUGACAAUUUGACAAAAAUUAAAUUUGUUAAUAUUUGCAAGCGGUACUGUUAUAAAUCUAUUAUUAUCUGCAGUGACACGCAGGAGAACAAUAAAACUUUAGAAAUACAACGUUGUAAUACAACGUUCAGCUUAAAGAAGGAUAUUUAAGAAUUCACUUUGAUUUGGAAAUGUAUAUACACGACAUGUAUAAGCACUUUUUAAGAGAUUUCAUACAUAGAAGUAGUAUGAAACAGAAUUAUUAGCUAUUACAUCAUCCACUAAAUACAAAUAUUAUAUAAUAUUUAAAAUGCCACAAGUGGAUGGUGCUACAAUACCAAUAACGAAUAAUCAGAACGGUGCAGCUGUACAUAACAAUCAUAAUACAAGUAGUCCAACUCGACCAGUCUUAAAUAAUAACAGUAUGAAUACUGCUAGGAAUAAUAAUAAUCAAAACCCAUUAGUUAAUGUAAGGGAUAGAUUGUUCCAUGCAAUAUUUAUUAAAGCAGCAUUAACUUAUGCCAGAACAUUUCCACGGCCUGUCAGAAGAUUUAUAGAAUUUAUAGUUUUAUUGAAGGCUAUAGCAGCAUUUUUUGUGUUGGCUUACAUUCACAUAGUAUUUUCACGAGCACCAACUAAUUGUUUAGAACAUAUAAGAGAUGAUUGGCCUCGUGAUGGUAUAUUAAGAGUUGAGAUACUUAGAAAUGGAGGAGAAGAUUAUAGUAUAGAAAAGAGUUACGCAAAAGAGGAGAAACUACGACAAGAAAAAGUUGAUGACUUAACUAGUGCUUUAGGAAUAUUAACUAGAGAUGGAUUUAUCAAUAUCGAACCAUCUGCUGUUGAUGAAGAACGUGAUAUAAAUAAUGCAUCGAAUGAAGAAAAUCACGACAGUUUAACACUGUCUGAAAAAGAAAUAGUUAUUAGAAGUGCCACUGUGCCUGGAAAAACUCAAGAUCCAAAUUUAAGUAUUACUAACACUACAACAAGUCCUUCAUUAUCUACUAAACUGGAAUGGAAUGAAAUGAACAGAGAUACUAAAGAAGUUUUAGAUGAGAAGAUACUAUUAACAAAUACAGAAAAUAAUACUAUAGUGCAGGAUACAAAUAAGUCUAAUAAAGAAGACGUUAUUCAAUCGUUAAAAGAUCCAAAUUCUGAAGUUAGAGCAGGAGAUGGUUAUAUCGUAGAAUAUUCAUUGGAAUAUGGCUUCUUGAGAUUAUCACCUGUAGCACGGCAAAGAUUAAACAUUCCUGUAAAAAUCGUUACUUUGGAUCCUGUUAAUGACAAAUGCUUUGGCGAUGAUUUCUCCAGAUUAAUACUUGAUGAACUCUUAGGAUACGAUGACUUACUGAUGGCGAGUAUUAAGACAUUGGCAGAGCAUGAAGAUAAUCAAGGUUUUUUACGAAACGUGGUGACCGGAGAACAUUAUCGAUUUGUAAACAUGUGGAUGGCUAGAACUACGUAUCUUGCUGCAUUUUUUAUCAUGUUAGUUUUUACUAUCUCCAUUUCGAUGUUACUGCGGUAUUCGCAUCAUCAGAUCUUUGUCUUCAUUGUGGAUCUGCUUCAAAUGUUGGAGUUCAACUUAACGAUAACGUUUCCCGCUGCAUCUCUGCUCACGGUGCUUCUGGCUCUUGUUGGAAUGGAAGCGAUCAUGUCAGAAUUCUUUAACGAUACCACGACUGCGUUUUACAUCAUAUUGAUCGUUUGGAUCGCUGAUCAGUACGAUGCUAUUUGCUGUCACACACCGGUUACGAAAAGACACUGGUUACGAUUUUUUUACCUCUAUCACUUCUCCUUCUACGCAUAUCAUUACCGAUUUAAUGGGCAGUACAGCAGCUUGGCCCUUGUUACAUCUUGGCUUUUCAUACAGCACUCGAUGCUAUACUUCUUCCAUCACUACGAGCUGCCCGUGAUCCUACAGCAGGCUCAAUUACAGCAUCUCCUGUUCCGCAAUCAUGCACAGCCUGGCAUGGCUGACCCUUCACCGGAACAGCCUUCGCCUAAUCUAAAUCGGGCACUGACUAGCACAGAACCAACACCUGAAUCUUCACCGGCACGAGAGUCAGCAGGUGUCACAGAACCUGAACCGACACAAGAAACAUCAUCGAACUGUCCAUCGCCAGCUGAGUCGAAUUCGACCGCUUCCGUUGUUCAUUUGGAGAAACGAGUCGAAGUCACAAUAGUAACCCCUUCGUCCACCGAAGAACAAAAUAACAAAGCGACAGAGAAUCUCACGGAGUCAACAGCUUCGAACACUAGCGCGGAAGCGAGGACGCAACCGAAAAUAGAGGAAGUGGGAGUAUCUAGGAACGCUGCUUCCUCCUCGAAGAUCGGAGACAAUGGAUCAUCCACCGAUACCUCUACAUCGGAAGGGUUCGAGGUGAUCGAGGCUACAGAGACGACGCGUAAGGAAACGACAUCCUGUCAGGACAAGUAGAGAAACGUUAAAACGCCUCGAGCCAUGCCAGUUGCAUAGUCAGGAUAGUCCAGGAGAAGAGGUUGUCAUUUCAGCGCGGCAGCAUCUGCGAAUAGAUCGUCUUGGAACCGAAGACCUCGAGGUUUGCUGACAAUUGGAAUCGAGGAGGAGAGAUCGUAUCGUUCAACAUGGACCAUAUAUGGCCGGAAUAAUACGUCUAUUUUUGAACAGUUCGAUAUCUAAG